UUUCAUUUCAACGAUUUUUUUCUCUUUUGCAGAGAUAGCAGGGGAAAUACCACUUCAAACAAAAGACCUAAAUCAGAAAGUGUCAUUUUGUAUAAACUUUCCAGAUUUCUUUUUCAUGUUUCUUUCCAAUUUCUUUGUUUUCCAGACACUACUCAGUUCUCUUCAUGCCUGUUUCCUUGCUCUUAUCAUCUUCAAAGGAAUAGCAGACUUUAACAUCAAUUUUGUGUUUCAGCUGAACCACCUGUUUCAUCUCUAAGCCACCAUGAGCUGUAAGAAGCGCAGAUCACAGAAGAUCCCAUUUAAUGCAAAGGAAAAUAGAAAAAUCAGUGACUACUACUCAGAGGUUCCCAAAGAAGAGCAGAAUGAUCCCAGUAUUUCUCGCUCUAAAAGAAAGCCAAGAGAUAUAACCAACGCCAGGGACCAAAGACUACUUUCUCCUAAGAAAAUGCAACAAGAUCAGACUCUUCCCCUAAAUAAGACAAUUAUUGUCACCUUGGGUGUGAACCACAGGAAAAACAAAAACAUGAAACAUGUGCUCACACAUAGUCAGGCAAGUAGCUUAUAUGCAGCACUCAACACUCUCGACGCUGUUAAAAAAGAGAUAGAAAAGCAUCAAGGCAAAGAAAUGCUGGUGUGUGGUAAAGAAGGAAUCAAAGGGUACAUAAACCUUGGCAUGCCCCUCUGCUGUUUUCCGGAAGGCAGCCACGUGGUCAUCACAUUUUGCCAAUGUAAAAGUGAGCCGGAAGAAAAUAAACGAUUGUUUGAGCCACAGGAUGAAGCAUCUACCAAUUACGUCCAAUUUUACAUUCAUGCAAUUGGGAGUAAGAAGAAAAGGAUUCUGAAGUGUGGAGAACUUCGCAAAAAUGGAAACAAACUCUGUGUCUUUGGCCUUAAGGGAGAGACCAUCAGGGACACUCUGAGGAAGGAUGGCAGGUUUUGUCCUUUUAUAGAGAGUGACCAUUGGAAACUCAUUAAUGACCUGGACACCAUCAUAGAAAACACUCAGCCCAUUGAUGAGUUGGAGGGCAAGCUCUUUCAGGUUGAGGCUGAGUUAACAAAGAAGCCUAGGGUAGUGUCUGUCCCUCAGAAUUCUGAAUCAGAGAGUAGAAAGUUCCAAAAGCUAGAAGCCUACAUUGUGGAUGAGUAUCCCACACUGAAAGCAGAACGAGAUAAAAUCAGAGCAUAUAUUAAGAAGAAAAGUGAAAAAAGAAAGAAGAAAGUUCCCUUACUAAAAAUACAUAAAGAAAACUUUGGAAAAAUGACAAAAAAUUCUUUUCCUGUUAAGAUGCUCAAACAUCUUUCAAGGGUCAGUGACUCAAUUGGGUACCUAUGGUGGGACAAUAAUGGAAAUCAGGGCUGUGCCACCUGCUUCGUUUUUAAAGGAUUAUAUGUUUUCACUUGUCGACAUGUGAUAAAUGACAUAGUAGGGAAAGUCAUAGAGGAAAGUAAGUGGGCUAGCAUAAUUAGUCAAUGUGUAAAGGUAAUCUUUGAUUAUGAAGAGUUCCCACCAAGAGAGGAGAGUGUUUUUUAUGUUAAACCUUGGUUUGAGAUAUCUGAUGUCAACCUUGACUAUGCUGUCCUGGAACUGAAGGAAAACGGACAAGAAGUACCUGCAGGACUGUAUAAUGGAAUAGGACCUGUGCCACUUAGUGGGUUGAUUUAUAUCAUUGGCCAUCCAGAUGGAGAAAGGAAGUCAGCUGAUGGUUGCACAGUGGUCCCUCAAGAUAAGCGAAGAAGACAAUGUGAGGAAAAUUUUCAGGCAAGGGAGGCAGAAGGCUGCCAUUUUUCUAUACCUUUUGUCCAUAUGUACACCCAAAGAAGUUUCCAGGAAAUUCUUGACAACCCUGAUGUGGUUACCUAUGACACCACUUUUUUUUGUGGGUCGUCUGGAUCCCCAGUGUUUGAUUCUAAUGGUUCAUUGGUGGCCAUGCAUGCUGCUGGCAUCACUUGUGAGUACCAACAUGGAGUUUCUAAUAUCAUUGAGUUUGCCUCUACUAUGGAAUCCAUUCUUGCUGAUAUUAAGAAAAAUAAACUGUGGUAUAAUAAAAUUUUUAUAAAUUAUCAGGAUGAAGAAAUGCUGGGCCCAGAGUCCUGAGGACUGGAAAGGAUUUAUCUAUUUUUCCAACUUUAAAGGAAUAGCUUAUGGUGUUGUUAUUCUUCAAACAAUAAUGUUUUAUGAACUUUCAAAAUGAUUGGUUUCACCAAAAAUGGAUGUUCCAGAUUACUUCUUAUGAACGAACACUUUUUCUAAGUUCAGGAAAAACAA